GGCUUAGGGCGAUCAAUUUAAACACACUUCAAGUGAUCCAGCAGUAGUGAGCAUAGAUAUGGUAGUGAGCACUUAUACAACGUCAGCAAUGACGUACAUCCGAGUAAACGAGACUGAGGGAAGUUAGCGAGGGAAGGUCAUAAAAAACGAACUGGAACGCAGGGUGGGCCGUAGCUGUAUCCCUUCCACAACCGCUUUUAACACUCUUCUACGUGACGUGUCCAUUCAACCAGGAAGUAAGAAUGAAUAGCCCAAACUGAGCCAAAAAGCACAGUAAACUGGUACCGUCUAUCACCCUACGACCUGCCAAAACCCUAAGUGUUCCGCAUUCGUCAGCAGGGGCUCAACAUGCGUCAAAAGAUCCUGGUGACAGGGGGGGGUGGAUACAUUGGCAGUCAUUGUGUUGUGGAGCUAAUUGAGGCUGGUUAUCACCCUGUGGUUAUCGAUAACUUCAGCAAUGCUGUCAGAGGAGAGGGUGAUGUUCCUGAGAGUCUCCGGAGGAUAGAGAAGUUUCUUAACACUCAGAUUGAGUUCCAUGAACUGGAUCUUCUGGAUAAACCUGGACUGGAGAAAAUAUUCAAAAAGCACUCCUUUUAUGCAGCAAUGCACUUUGCUGGACUGAAAGCUGUGGGUGAAUCGGUAGAACAGCCUUUACGAUACUACAGAGUCAAUCUCACAGGAACCAUCAAUCUGCUUGAGGUUAUGCAGUCUUAUGGGGUGCGUAAUCUGGUAUUUAGCAGCUCAGCUACUGUUUAUGGAGACCCCCAGACACUCCCCAUUGAUGAGCACCAUCCAGUGGGAGGCUGCACCAACCCCUAUGGCAAGACCAAGUACUUCAUAGAGGAAAUGAUCUGGGAUCAGUGCAUUGCAGAGAAGGAUUGGAAUGCUGUGCUGCUCAGGUAUUUUAAUCCUAUUGGUGCUCACCUGUCAGGACAGAUUGGUGAGGAUCCACAAGGAAUUCCAAACAACCUUCUGCCUUAUGUUGCCCAGGUUGCUGUUGGCAGACGAAAGCAUCUGAAUGUGUUUGGAAAUGACUACAGCACACCUGAUGGAACAGGUGUGAGAGACUACAUACAUGUUGUGGACUUAGCAAAGGGACACAUAGCUGCACUAAGAAAACUAAAAGAAAGCUGUGGAUGUAAGGUUUAUAACCUGGGCACGGGUACAGGCUACUCAGUGUUAGAGAUGGUGAAAGCCAUGGAAAAGGCCUCAGGUCGACAGAUUGCCUAUGAAAUUGCUCCUCGGCGGAGUGGUGAUGUGGCUUCUUGCUAUGCAGAUCCCAGUCUGGCAGAGAAAGAGCUGGGCUGGAAAGCUGAAUAUGGCCUGGGAAGAAUGUGUGAGGAUCUAUGGCGCUGGCAAUCCCAGAAUCCCACAGGAUUCAGUAAUGGAACAGUGCCCUGAACCUGGAUGAUUCAAAGCCCUGCAUGACAAAGAUUUGGGCCAAAUGCAAAAUGAAAUCUCUACAUUUUUUUUAUAUAAUUUAAUCUAACCUGAAGCCAAAAUGACAGAUUUGUUUCCAGCCAGUAAAAUAUUUGCCUCUUUAUUUUCUAAUUUACUUCGUCACUUACCUUAGUUUCAUAUAUGAUUGUAAACUGAAUGGAUUAUUUCUAAUCUAAAAUUAUUUAUACUGUCUGUGUGAAAUAAUAAAGAUAUAUUUCUUGUGAUUUGAAA